AUGACAGAGGAAUUUGGAGGAAGUAAUAUUCAGGUCGUUUGUCGUUUUAGACCCUUGAAUACGCUUGAAAAGCAGAUGGGUGGCGGAGAGGUAGUUGAUUUUGAUGGAAAAACAUGUAAAUUAAAUAACAAAAACGGAAAGCAUGACUUUACGUUCGAUCAUAUUUUCAAGAGUGGUUCCAAACAGGGUGACCUUUUUAAUGUAGUAGGAAAACCUGUUGUUGAGGAUAUUUUUAAGGGAUAUAACGGAACUGUAUUUGUAUACGGUCAAACUGGUAGUGGUAAAUCAUAUACCAUGAUGGGACCAAAUGAAGAUCAUAAGGGAUAUUGCACUGAUUCAAAUUUGAAAGGAUUAAUUCCAAGAAUGAUUGAGGAAAUAUUUGAUAGAGUGGAAAAUUCAGAUCCUGAUAUUGAGUUUACAAUCCAAAUAUCUUAUAUUGAAAUUUAUUUGGAAAAAAUAAGAGAUUUACUGGAUCCACAUCACCAAGAUUUAAAGAUUAAGGAAGACAGAGAAAGUGGAAGAGGUGUAUAUAUUAAAGGAGCAACUGAGGAAUAUGUCACAAGUGUGGAAGAAGUGUAUAAUUUAUUGAAAGUUGGAGCUGGAAAUCGUGUUGUUUCCUCUACAAGAAUGAACGAUGAAAGCUCACGAUCUCACAGCAUCUUUAUUAUCACUAUUGGACAAAAGCACUUGGUUAAUUUAGAUUCAAAAACUGGUAAAUUAUUUUUGGUAGAUUUGGCUGGUUCAGAAAAGGUCAAGAAAACCGGAGCAUCAGGCCAAACACUUGAAGAAGCAAAGAAUAUUAACAAAUCCUUGUCAGCACUGGGUAUGGUUAUUAAUGCCUUAACAGAUGGUGUGUCCAAAUUUGUGCCAUACAGAGAUUCAAAACUCACAAGAUUAUUACAAGACUCUUUGGGAGGUAACUCUAGAACAACAUUGAUUAUAAACUGUUCUAUGAGUUCCUAUAACGAGGAUGAAACACUUUCCACCCUUAGAUUCGGUUUUAGAGCUAAGAAUAUUAAGAACAAGCCUAAGGUAAAUAGAGAACUUUCUGCCAAGGAGCUUCAGAAAUUAUUGGACAAAGCUAAGGAGGAAAUCAGAGAGUUGAAGGAAUAUACAAAUGGUAUAGAAGAAGAACUGAAAAUUUACAAGAAAGGAGGAAUCAAAACCGAAAUCAAAAUUCAAGAUCCAACUGAAACUACAUCCAAAGAAUCUGACGCAAAGGAAGCAGAUCUAAAGCGUCAAGAACUUGAAGAAAAGCUUAACGAACUUUUACCUACCCUUUCCAAAUACAGGGAGAAGUGUGUACUUUUGGAGAAGGAAUUGGUAGAAGAAAAACAAUUCAGAAAUAGGAUUAUGGAUGAAAACAUUCAAUUGAAGGAUGAAAUUAAUCAAGCUAAAGAAGAGGGUGCGCAAUCAUUGGAAGACAUUCACAUCUUAAAAGAACAGCUCAAAGAGAAAUCUGACUACUUGGCAACAGCUGAAAGUUAUAGAAAUGAUUUAGAGAAAAUUAUUCAACUAAAAACCAAUGAAUGCCAGGAAGUGAAAGACUCUAUGAAAGAAGAGCGCAGAAAGUUGGAGUAUGUGGUCAAAGAAAAAGAUUCUGAAGUUGAAGAACACAAGAAGCAAAUGGAACAUUACUGUAGGCAACUCAAUGAAUCAAAAAUCCAACUCUUAACACUUCAAUCCAAACAAGACGAUCCAGACCUUGAGCUUGUAAUGAACUUUAUUGAUAAAAAGUUCAAAAAGAUAACAAAGACCGCUAAAAAGGAAUCAGACAGAGACAGAUUGAGAAAGAGAAGAGAGUCUUUCUUAACUUUGAGAAAAAUUAAAACUGAUUUAAAGAAUAUCCAAGAAGAAAUGGACGAAUCUGACGACGAUUCUGAUGAUGAUGGUGAUGAAACUGGUGACACUGAUUUCAAUGAAGCAGAGUUCAUGCUGCCAUCUCCUCCACAAGAAGUAGUACUUCAAAUUCCACCAACACCAACUGCUAUUGAUGACUCGGAUUACUUUACAGAACCUGUUGUAACCAAUGAAGAAGCACCUUCAUCAGUUUUUACUCAAGUUCCAGAAAGUGAAAGGCUUAGUGAAGCUUUAGAAAGAAUAAGAGAACUGGAAGUUACCAACAAGAAUCUGAAAUCUGAAAGAGAUAACCUUCUCGAAGAUUUAUCAAACAGAGUUGAUAAAGUUAUUGAACUAGAAGUACAACUAGAUGAAAUUACAGACAAGUACAAUACUUUAUCUAAUCAAAAUAUUAUCAAGAAAUAUUCAAGAAAAAUUGAAUGGUUAGAAAGAAACUUGGAACAAGUAACUGUUAACCUUUCACAAGUUCAUAAUGAAAACUCUGAGAUUAUAAUGAAAUUAUCACUGGCUGAGAAGAAGAUCAGAAUGAAGGAAGAAAGACUUACAGAGCUUAACAAUAUAAUUGUUGAACAAACAAGAAAAGCCAAAAAAGAGGCAGACAUGUUCGUCGAAGAAAGGUCCAAAUUGAAUGAUACUAUCAACACGCUCAAAAGAGAACUUGAUAUUUUGAAGCAUACCAAAAUUGUAACAGUACCACCACCACAAAUCGAAAUUGAAAAUACUUCUUCUAAGGUAAGAAGACCAUUAAGAGGAGGCGGAUCAAAACCAAAGAAGACUGAGGAAGACGAAUAUUUCUCAUCACCAGGUUCGACAGCAGAAUUAGAUGUAGAGUUGGACAGCUCAGGUUCCUCUGCCUCAAAAUAUGCAACAAUACGGAAACCAUCCACUGCCUCAACUCACAGGAGGUCAACAUUCAGUUUAAAAGAAUUAUUCUUUGGAAAAUCGAAAUCUGAAAACAUUAAUCUAGAUGCUCAAAAUGUGGACUUGGAUGACAAAUAAAAUCCUCUCUUG